AUGGACGAACCCUCAGAUUCCGUUCGGUCACUGAGGCACACUAUCAAUAAUCUUGCAGAGACGUACCAAGCCAGAGGAUGGAAUGAGGCUGCUGUGGAGCUGCAAGGGAUAGUGCCUUUGAUAGACACAAGACCAGUGGAAUCGAGUUCUCAGUUUAAACCGUCAUCUGAUCCACUCGACCAACUGGAGACGUUGGUCAAACAACAUCUCAAUUCUCGAAAAUGGACCUGCGCAUUCGAAAUUGCAUCUGCCUUGCUUGGGUAUUAUGAACCCCUGAAUGGUGAGGAGGAUCUGAAGACGAUGAGUGCAAUGCACAACCUAGCCUCAGCAUACUGGGGCCUAGGCGAGUUUGAUGCAGCAGCCAGCCUCGGUCUGCGUGUGACGAAUCUCCGAAAGAAAGUCCUGGGUGAGAGAGAUCCUCAGACCUUAGCAUCUAUGUCAAAUCUUGCAUCCGCAUACAGAAACCAAGGGCGGCUGGAGGAUGCUCAGCGGCUCGACGCUCGGGUUGUGGAGUUGAAAUCCCAAGCCAUGGGCAUGAAAGACCGCUCUACAUUGAUUUCGAUGAUAAAUUUAGCAACGUCAUAUUCAGAGCAAGGCAAAUUCAAGGAGGCAGAAGAGUUGAACCGAUCGUUGGUGGAGAGGGCAGAAAGUCUCCUAGACGCAACGGAUCCCUCCAUGUUGACAAUAAAAACAAAUUUAGCGGCGGCCUACCGUGACGAUGGGCAAUUUUCACUGGCCCAGCAACUUGAUCAAGAAGUUCUUAGGGCGAGGCGCAAGUCUUUGGGCUCACGUCAUGAGUUGACCUUGAUUUCGAUUGCCAAUUUGGCAUCUACGUACCGUUGCCAGGGGAGUUGGAUGGAGGCGGAAGGUCUAGAUCGUGAAUUGGUUGAGGCUAGUGAAGCUGUACUUGGCAAGAAGCAUCCACAGACACUAAUGUCGAUGAGCAAUCUUGCGUCCACGUGUCGCGGCUUAGGGUGUCUGGAAGAAGCGAAGGAGCUUGGUGAAAAGUCAUCAAACGCUAUGAGAGAGGUACUAGGCGACGAAAGUCCCCAAACCUUAGUAGCUCUGGCAGACCUAGCGAGUACAUAUCAAAUGGAUGGAAAGAUGGAGGACGCGGCUCAAUUGAUGGCACGAGUUGCAGAGUCGAUGAAGAAUUCGCUGGGCGAAGAGCAUCCAUAUACACUAAGUGUCAUAUCCAACCUUGGCUUUAUCUACCAGUCACAGGGGAAAUGGGACCGAGCUGGUGAUCUUGCCGAGACUGUCUAUUCUCGGCGUCAGGAAAUACUCGGUGGGGAACACCCAGAUACUAUUGCAGCUUUUGAAGAUGUCAGACGAAUCUCCUGGGUUGAGGCAGCGGAUCGGAAUACCACAGCAAUGAUGUCCAAAUAG